CAAUACUGGCAUACUAGCUUACUAUCUAAACAGUACGCACUUUACCAUCAUCCGCGAAGCACGUUCUUGUAGUAGGCUAUAUAGUAUGUAGAAUGCGAUUCUGCCAUCCUUCGACACUAACUUCAGAUACGUAGCUACAAACUGUAUCCAAUAGGUGGCAUAGGUGGAAUAGACGUAGCUGCAACGAAAGUGAAAGAGGACGUUAAACAGCAAUGAGUAGAUUAUCUGCGAAGUCACUGUGAAAAGAUAAUCUUACACAUUGAAUCACUGUCAGGUAUCAAUAUAGACGUACAUCUGUAUUUUGAAGUGGAGAAAAUGACCAUUAAAGUGGGCAAGAAAUUCAUCACUAUCCUGACUGGCAACACCUUGGGUUCAGAUAAACAGUUUAUAAAAAAACUCAAAAAAGGAGUCUUAACAAAAGCAAAGUCACCAGAAAAGGCUAAUGUCAUCCUGGCUUUCUGUCCCAUCGUCAGUCGCAUUGGGACUGAUAUUGAAGCAGCACAGAAACAGAUCCCAGUUGACAAACCGGUUAUUCUAGUGGUGCUGCAUCACACUUCCAACCCAGACCUCUUUGUACCUGACAGCAAAGGACAAGUGACUAGAGAAGAUGUAGUACUAACAGUGGACUGUCUGUUCCACGAGAGUCAGGGAGGACUUCUGGACUGUCCUCGCAAUAAAGAAGCAGUCAGUGAGAUUCUGAAGACAGUAAAAAUACAGCCAAUAGUAUCAACACCUCCUCCUUCUUCCCAACCAUUGGUGCAAAGUCAGAAUUCUCAGAACAACAACUGGUCUGCUACUCGAGCAGAUUCCCCCAAUUCGGGACGUUCUUCAUUAUGUUCUUGUUUCAAGUAGUCUGAUAUUUCAGAACCAAUGCUUCAAACAGGAAGGUGAAGCUGCAGCUGAGAAUCCCCAGACCUGAGACUGGUGCUGCCUUGGAAGACUAAAUCUGGGCUGACUGGAGCAGUCUGAAGUGUUUAUAGUGCUUUAUUAAAUGCCAUUUUAUUCUCCUUACCUUGUAGUUCUCUAAUCCAAUAAUCUACUACUGAGAAAGUUUCUUAGCUUGCCUUAGCCACAAAUACAUUUUCCUUGAAUUAAAUCUUUUGUUUAAUUAUAUGUAUUUGUUGUUUAAAGAAAAAAAAUCAUACCAACAAAUCAAGUAAAGGACGUAAGGAAUCGUCUCCAACACACACCUUCCUUGGCCUAUUGUACAGAGUGGACUGCAAAACCACCACUUUCCACAAACAUUACUAGCUGAGAUACUAUUUAGCUACCCUCCUUUCAAAUUGUUCCUAGAGUUUUGUUCUACCUAAUUAGUUAAUCUAUUUAACUUUUAUUCUUGAAUCAGUUACAUGCACAUCACUGUUUAAUAUAUGCAUGUAAUUGUUAAUAUAAUUGUAACACCACUUUUCUGCCAACCAGGAUUCCUGGUGAACUGGGGUUUAGAUAAUUAAAACAAUCCCAGAGUUGAUCCCCUUUCCCUAGCUAAAUACCCUUUACUUUAAACGUGCAUCCGACAACACAGUAUAUACAUAAGAUACAUUUUUAUUUGAGGGCUAUUAAAAGGAUUGGAAACAGGAAAUUAUCAUAUAACAU